CUCAACGGCGCGGAGGACGUUAGCCCUUCGGCGUGGUGGUUUCCUUAGAGACGGAGUCGGCCCAGGUGGCGGCCACCAAGAGACCAGCACGGUGAGACUCCUGGAGAAGUCAAAAUGCCUGCAAAGGACAAGAGGAAAGGCAAGAACAAAGACAAAGAACCAAAGAAAGUAGUCAAAGUAGAAGACCAUGUAGUUGACCGAGCCAAAGCCAAUGCCUCUCUUUGGGAGGCCAGACUAGAAGUCACAGAACUCUCUAGAAUUGAGUAUCGUGAUACUUCCCGAAGACUGGCAAAAAAUAAUGAAGACUUAAAGAAGCAGCAGUAUAAACUGGAAAAAGACACUAUGUCUGUAUUAAGCUACCUGAAGAAGCAGGAUCAGGAGAAAGAUAAUAUGAUAGAAAAACUGAAGCAGCAGUUGGCUGAAACAAAGGAAAAAGCCAAGGAAGAGAAGGAAAAAUUGGAACAAAAGUAUUCUAUGCAAGUUAGUGAGCUGGAGGGACAGUUUCAUCAAAAAGCCAAGGAAAUUGGCAUGAUUCAGACAGAGCUAAAGACAAUAAAACAAUUCCAGAAGAGAAAAAUACAAGUGGAAAAAGAAUUAGAAGAUCUGAAGGAAAAUUUAAGGAACUCAGAGAAGAAUUAUCAGGAGACUCUUAGAAGACUAGAAAGCAGAUUUUUUGAAGAAAAGCACCGUCUGGAACAAGAGGCCGAGAAGAGGAUCAUAAUGCUGGCAGAGAGAGCCCACCAUGAAGCUGUGGUGCAGUUGAACACUGCUGGAAGAAAUGUUUUUAAAGAGAACGUUUAUCUUCACAAGGCGCUUGCAUACCACUUGAAGGAAGCAGAAAUUCGACAGAAAACCUCCAAGAAGAUGGAAGAAAGUCAUUCUUGCCUUUUACAGCAAAAGGAAAUCAAUGAUUUGUUGGUUAAGGAAAAGAUUAUGCAACUCACCCAGCAGAAAUCACAAAUCCAAACUCUUCAGAAGAAGGUGCUAAGCUUGGAGAACGCUCUGACUUACAUGACCACAGAGUUUGAGGCUGAAGUGUUGAAACUGCAGCAAAAGGCAGACAUAGAGAACCAAGCAGGUUUGGUAGAGAUUGACAAGCUGCAGCAACUUCUUCAGAUGAAGGACAGGGAGAUGAAUCGAGUGAAGAGGCUGGCUAAGAACAUACUGGAUGAGAGGACAGAAGUGGAGCAGUUCUUUCUAGACGCUCUCUACGAAGUGAAGCAGCAGAUUCUGAGCAGCAGGAAACAUUAUAAGCAGAUAGCACAAGCUGCUUUUAAUUUAAAGAUGAGAACGGCAUGCGCGGGAAGAACAGAAUACCCCAGAAUCAGGACCUUUGAUGGCAAAGAACAUAGUACCAAUAGUGUGAAUCAGGAUCUCAUGGAGGCUGAAAAAUGGCCAACUACUCAAAAAAAUGUGGAUAUUAGAGAUUUGACCUGGGAACAAAAGGAAAAAGUCUUAAGAUUGCUCUUUGCAAAAAUGAAUGGUCUUGCUGCUAGGAAAUACAGUCCUAAGCCUCCUGUUCCAGACCAUAUUAUUUAUGGCAGUGGAGAAAUGAAAGAAACUGGGGAUGAAAUUAACCUUCCAGAUCAAACCUUCAUCACCCAGCAAGCAUCAGUAUCAGACUCUAAUAUAGUGGUGUCACCUCGUGUUACAAUUCCUCAAGGAUUACAGGACUCGCACAUAGUAAGGAAUCUGCUCUCUAGUCAAACAAUACAUGACUCUUAGCUUUCACUAUGUGAUGUCUUACUAAUUCAUAGUUCUGUACUACCCAAACAGCUCUCAGAGAUGAUCAUAGAAAAUUUUAUAACUAUGUCCAUACUAAUAAGGCAUAUUAUAUAUUACUGGAGAACCUGUAGAUUACUUUCUGAAAUAAGCAGCUCAGUCAAAUGUGUAUUGUGUUAGUACUGUCUUCAGUGCUGCUGAUUGAACCUUUGUGCAUACUAGGGCAGAAUACCCAUUCUCUGGCGUCCCUUCAUCCUAUCUUUUACAUAGGCACAAACAUAAUGUCCUCAUAAGUCUUGGCCCGAGC